AUGGCGACAGUCGACGCGAACCUGGCGAGGGAACGCCGCAUAACGUUGGUGAGUUCCUUCGUCGGCCAGCUCCUGGGACACAUUGGGAGCGCCCUUCUCGGGUGGGUGCUGGAUUCCAUCACGUUUAAGAUCAGUCGCUUCUGGAUACCUCUGUUGUGCGUCUUUGCCAUCACCAAUGGACGCCUCGCAAUCUUUCUCGGCCUCUUUGGCGACUGGCUCAUUGGCACUGAAGACACGACAUUCGUCUUCAGCCUGAUCAUAUUUGUCGCUUACGCCGCUCAACCUCUUGUUUUCCCCGACCUUGAUCUGCCCGCAACCGAGAUGUGGUAUGACCAUGCCCAGCGAGGACCGCUUACGCUGCCUACUUUUGUGAUCAGCUCUAUACUCUUUCACUACCCGCGAGGUUCCGUUGCCUUUGUUAAGGAUGGAUUUUACAAGGCUGUGACAGAUCCGCCCAGCAUUGGGCAGUUGAUGGACUGGUUUUGGGUGACCCUGGCUUGUGCGUCCGUUCCGCAUAUUAUCUACACAAAGCUCUGGCGCAGUCACUUCCUCAGACUCCUCACAGAUAUGACAUGGAGGUUCGUCGGAAAGUCUUUCUACGACCUCAAAACUUCCUACGACCUCAAAAUACGCAGAAGGUCAUUACCGGCCAGUGGUGAAGAUCUGUCACGUCCUUUUGAGCACCCAGCCUUGCAGAAAGACUGGGACAUUCGACUAUUAUACAUUCUGCCACGGGGCAACUCGAGUAAGAUCAGUUGCAAGCUUGUCACUGUCGACAUUGGCCAGCGCCAUCCCACAUAUCAGGCCAUGUCAUACACAUGGGGCGAUCCGACCAAAACGCACACAAUAUGGGUGAACGAUAAGCCAUUCAAGACGACGCAAAACGUCUACAACCUACUGCUGGACAUGAGCCCAGUCUUCGAACCGCGCAGGAUCUGGAUCGACUCGAUCUGCAUCAACCAGGAAGAUAACGCGGAAAAGGCCUGGCAGGUGAGCAUCAUGCACCAUAUCUACAAUGCCGCCUCCCUUGUGACGAUAUGGCUCGGCGCCAGCGAAGAUUCACACAUCGCCGUCGACCUCGUCCUCGAGCUGUCGCACUACAUCAAAACAUACAAACCAACAGACAAGGAGCUCUUUCUGAAGUACGUCCACGAGCGGCGCACGCCACGUUGGCUCGCCAUCGGCAAGAUCCUCGCGCACCCGUACUUCACCCGCAUCUGGAUGGUGCAGGAGAUCGCCGUCAACAAGAUGCUGCACGUCGUCUACGGGCGCGAGACGAUCAAGUGGGAGACGCUCGCGCCCAUCAUUCUCCGCCUCAUCCUCUCGUUCGAGUUCAGCGUCAUGAUCGAGGACUCGAGCGUGCUGGGCGAGACGAACGCACCCAUUGGCGCCACCAACGUGGUGCUGCUGUCGAGCAUCCGGAAGCGAUACCACGGGGAAGAGAUGGCGCUGUCGGGCCCGCUCCUUCACCUGCUUGCCGAGUGCUGGACGUUCGAGGCCACGGAUCCGCGAGACAGGGUGUUCGCGCUCGUCGGCCUCGCGGAGGAUGGCGCGCACCCGCUCGUCGCGCCGGACUACACCAAGACGCCCGAGGAGGUCUUUAUCAACGCGGCGCGGUUCGUCUACAUGCAGGUAGGCACGCUGCACGAAAUCCUGCCCUGCAGCGGCGUGGGUUGGCCGCGUCGCCUGACUGCGCUGCCGUCUUGGGUGCCCGACUGGUCGAUUACCGGGCGGUCUGUCAUUGCCGCAUUGCCGAAGGGGAAGAGGGCGUAUCAGACCUCCGGCGGGCUCGUGAAUAGAGGGCCCGUCGUUCAUGAAAGGGGUCUUGAGAUUGAAGUCAUCAUUGUCGACAAGAUCGAUCGUAUGACGGAGGAACUGCAUCGCGCAGCGGUCGAUCCUUUGACACACCGCAUCGACAGCAAGGCUAACAUGGAGAGGUGCAAUGCUUGGAUUCUCGCGGCGCAGGCUUUGGUUGCGACACUGAGUGGAGAUACGUACGCCAACGGUCAGAGCCACGAGGAGGCUCUCUGGCGGACUUUGGUCUGCGACGCUCCAUCUGUUGGGACUGGGGAGCUUGCCAGCGGCAGCGGUAUGGACUGGCCAGCCGACCCCGUGUACGGGGUGUGGUAUCGAUAUGGGAUGCGUCACCUCGUAGAAGUGCCGCUCGAUGAUGAGGAUAGGGCACUAUCUCCAGAGGAGACACAUGAGCGGAUGCAGCUAGGAUCCAGAUGGGUGACUUCGGCACAGUACCGAUGCUAUUCGCGACGGUUGGCUGUCACAGAAAAAGGAUAUCUCGCUUUGAUUCCGCCAUUGACAGAGGUGGGCGACAUGGUAGCAGUGAUACCAGGGACGGCGGUGCCAUUUAUACUGCGAGAAAAGGGUUAUGAUGAUGACAUGAACGAGAAGGUCUACACCUUGGUUGGCGAGAGCUAUGUACACGGGCUCAUGAACGGAGAGGCGGUCGACGAAUCGAAGAUCGAGAUCGUCAUGAUGGAUUGA